AUGAGCGUUUUAAAGGAUAAAUUUUUAUCAAUUCACCGAUCUGAAUCUAAAACGACAUUUUGGGGCAAAGUCUCUGUAUUGUAUUCUAUAAUUAUUUUUGCUACAUUUGAUCAUUGUAUUUUAGUGAUUUUCUGGUUCCUAAACAGCCUUUCUAACAUUCUUUUGGACCAUCGUGGCUAUUUUGGAGAUUUGAUAUUCCACGCAGUAAUUAGCCUUUUUGCACUGGCAUCUUUGAUUCCAGGAACUAUCAUAUUUUAUUGUGCUAUUUUUUGUCACUUUGUAAAGUUUUGGCACUUAUGCCACGUGGCCGGUAAAGUUGUUGGAAAUAUAGUAUUUGCAGCUUUAAAGUUGGCUGAGUCUAUGCAGUUUCCGCUGGUUGCACGCAAUGGAGAAAUCAUUGCAAGAAAUUUUGGAAUAUUGAUCUUCUUGUUUUUUUUAAAGAUUCUCUUCCAUUUUGUAACCCUUUGGUACAUUUUGGUUUUGGAAAGAAUUAGAAGUGUUGGUGGCACUGGAAACGAAUUAAAAUCUGCCGAUGAAAUUGAGAAUGAAAAAUCACUUACACCCCAAAGUACCAGGGUAAUAAUGCUCGAUGGAUGUAGUAUUGUUUAA